AUGGUAUCCUACGGGAAGCGCCUGGCCUGCCUUCUUGUUGCCGGCACCAUCUACCCAGCUGCCUUCCUGCUCUCGGCCCUUAUCCAGUACCGAGGAACCGAGUUUCCUCCUGGGAUCGAUCAACCCCUGAAGGCCCGCAUCUGCCAGACGGGGCUCAUCACAGGGUUAAUUUUGGGAAUUGUUUUAGAGGAGCUGGGUUUGUGCACCUUCCCCGAUUUCUUACGGCUUUGGACUAACGGAAUACCUCCACGUAGGGAUCUGUCCCUUGUCAUUCAGAAUGAGAAAUUUGAUGGGGUGCCAGUGAGGAUCUACUCAUCCAGAAUGGUGCCAACUACGAAAAGAAAAGCUGUGCUUUACUUCCAUGGAGGAGCAGGCAUUUUUGGAAGCAUCGAUGCCUACGAAAGAAUCCUGCGCCACAUGGCCAAAGAGGGGGAUGCGACGGUGGUGGCGGUUGGAUAUGGACUUGGGCCAGAGAAUCCUUAUCCAAACCAGUAUACUGAAUGUCUGAAGGCUGCUGUCUACCUCAUGAAACAUGGAGAAGAUUAUGGCGUAGACAGUUCUCGUAUUAUCAUUUCCGGAGACAGCUGUGGGGCUAAUUUUGCCACACGCAUUUGCCAGUUACUGGUGGACCACAGAGACCUUCCCAAGGUCCACGCUCAAGCACUGAUCUAUCCAGGACUGCAGGGCAUGAACUUGUCUUUGCCAUCCUAUCAGCAGAACUGCAGAAGUCCCUUCUUGUGGAAGAAACUGGUCGCCUACUUUUGCUGCCGCUACCUUAACAAGUCAACUUCCUUUACAAAUGAUCUUCUGAAGGGCAGCCAUGUCCCCAAGGCUACCCGAGUGAAGUACCAGAAGUGGGUGAAUGCCAACAGCAUCCCUGAACAGUUCAAAGUCAGGGGUUACACAGAACAAGACCCCUCUUUGUCUCAUUUUAACCCUCAGCUACAUGAAGAAAUGAAAGAGUUGCUCUCAGAAAACAUUUCCCCUUUGCUGGCCGAAGAUGCGGUCGUCUGCAAACUCCCUCAGACCUUCCUUUUGACUUGCGAGUUUGAUGUCCUUCGAGACGACGGGCUGCUGUACAUGAAGCGGCUGAUGGACAACGGUGUGCCAGUAACCUGGAGCCAUGUUGAGAAUGGCAUGCAUGCAAUCAUGCUCUUUUUUGGCUAUGGCAUCCUGUCCUUUCCUUCAGCAGAAAGGAUUGUCCAUGAUGUUACCAAUUUUAUCAGACGCUUGUGAGGCCAAAAUGAAACCGAGAGAGGGACAUCACUUUUUCAUCUUAUUCCUAAAACACAGAGAAUUUGGUGGCCGAGA